GCAGGUAGGGCGGGAUUACAUUGGUAGAAAGAGACGGAAAACCUAAUGAGGCAACAGGUGGAUGGAGGAAGAGAAAGUAACAUCCACUAACAAAGACAAUCUGGAGGAGAAAGAAGGCAGCUCUUUUGACAGUGUAAAGGAAACUCAAUCUGUUUCUUAUUCUGUGUGGAAGAGUAGUGCUUACUACUGGCUGUUCAGUGCAUUCUGUUGCCGUUGGAAAUGAACUGGGGCAACACCUGAGAGGAGGCUGGUCGGGAGCAGAAAGCGAAUGUUUUCUUUCUGUAGAAUUGAGCCGCUGUUAUCCUCACCUGGUGGAUGUACGGGGGGAGAGAGGCCUGAUUGGAGGGAACAUUCUGGGCUUGACUGAAAGACCUGUGCUCCGUUCUCAGCUCUGAGGUGGUUAUAUGGCCAGAAGGAAAUCCUGUAUCACACCUGAUCAACUAAAGAAUGCUAUUUUCCACACUUGUGCUGUGACCUACUACAGUACUGAAGCUACUGUAUAUGAGAACCUUCUCUGGCCAGGGAGGAUUUAGAAGUCACGAAGCGACAGGUACAAGUCAACAAGAGACCCUGGGUCAUCUGGGAUUAUAACCUAGCAACAACCAUCAGGGGAUAGCAUUGUAAGGCAGACAUCACUCACUUGCUUAUAACCCAGUUGUAACAUAGUCCUAGCAUUGUGACGUGACACUAAGUCAGUGUCUUGGUGUGGCUCCCAGGCCCAGACAGCCCACUCCUCUUCACGAUGCAACAGCCAACUGGAGGAGUGGAGCAGCAGGACCAAUCCUUUGAUUUCCUGUUCAAGAUCAUCCUGAUUGGAGAUUCUAACGUGGGCAAGACCUGCGUGGUCCAGAGCUUCAAGUCAGGACAGUUCUCAGAGAGGCAACAGAACACCAUAGGAGUGGACUUCACCGUGCGGACAGUGGACAUCGAGGGCAAGAAAAUUAAGAUGCAGGUAUGGGACACGGCUGGACAGGAGCGUUUCCGGACCAUCACCCAGAGUUACUACCGCAGCGCCCACGGCGCCAUGAUCGCCUAUGACAUCACACGCCACGGAACCUUUGACUCUGUGUCCAAUUGGAUCAGGGAGGUGGAGCUGUACGGCGCGGCCAAUGUAGUGCUCUGUCUCAUUGGUAACAAGUCUGACCUGGAGUCUGAGCGUCAGGUGUUGUUCCAGGAGGCAUGCUGUAUGGCUGAGGAGAGAGGCAUCCUGGCAGCGUUAGAGACCUCAGCUAAGGAGAACCAGAAUGUGGACGAUGCCUUCAUGAUGAUGGCCCGCGAGCUGCUGGCACGCAACGGCACUGCCGUCCGGCAACAGGCCCCUGGCAACAAUGACUCGCCCCGCGUCCUGCUCCGAGCCAACUCACGACCAAUCAACGGGCCAGCGGUGAUCACAGACAGGAAGACGUGUUGCUGACAUAGAGAGGAGGAAGGACAGCAGAGGGAGUGUAAGAAUGGAUACCUGCGUGUGUGCCGCUGUGUUACCUGGAAGAGGACAGGUAAGAAUGGAUACCUGCGUAUGUGCCGCUGUGUUACCUGGAAGAGGACAGGUAAGAAUGGAUACCUGCGUGUGUGCCGCUGUGUUACCUGGAAGAGGACAGGUAAGAAUGGAUACCUGCGUAUGUGCCGCUGUGUUACCUGGAAGAGGACAGGUAAGAAUGGAUACCUGCGUAUGUGCCGCUGUGUUACCUGGAAGAGGACAGGUAAGAAUGGAUACCUGCGUGUGUGCCGCUGUGUUACCUGGAAGAGGACAGGUAAGAAUGGAUACCUGCGUGUGUGCCGCUGUGUUACCUGGAAGAGGACAGGUAAGAAUGGAUACCUGCGUGUGUGCCGCUGUGUUACCUGGAAGAGGACAGGUAAGAAUGGAUACCUGCGUGUGUGCCGCUGUGUUACCUGGAAGAGGACAGGUAAGAAUGGAUACCUGCGUGUGUGCCGCUGUGUUACCUGGAAGAGGACAGGUAAGAAUGGAUACCUGCGUGUGUGCCGCUGUGUUACCUGGAAGAGGACAGAAUGAGGCAGGGAUCAUCAACUAGAUUCAGCCGCGGGACGAUGUUUUGCUGGAACGGAUGGUCGAGGGGCCGGGAACACAAUUACAAUUCAUUUGUAAACCACAAAUUGACCACAAGAAGCCCAAACAGAUAUAGUUUGACGAAACAUAAUCAUUUCAAACCUUGUUCACAUUUGUAUACGGUCACGUGUCUCUCCAUUAUGCGUGGGAAUACUUGGGAACAGAUUUCUUAAAUUAAAAUCACUUGGAGCUGAUUUCCUGGUGUUUCAACAAUCUUUAAUGUCCAACAAUAAAAAUUCCACAAUGAAAUAUAUAUAUGCAAUAAAUAAAACCCACCCGCGGGCCGCCACCUGGGGAACCCUGGAAAAGGGGAAGCUGAGACCGUUACAGGCAGAACACACACUCCUUUGUGUGUGACUUUAAGUACUAUUGACCUAUGACCUAUGUAGUGGUGUAGCGCAGUUUCUCAAACCCCCGACCCCCCCACAAGGUACGAGCAAUUUAAUUUUAAAAAUGCUAAGUAGCUUUUUUAUAGCUGAUCUCAUGCUCUUUUCCAUAUUCUGCUGAGAGAACAUGUUGCUGUUUUAGUUCUCAGGGAUUCUUGAAAGACGGGACAAUCUCAACUUUUUCCCACGAAUGUUGGUCUUAAUAUUAACAAAAUGUGAAAUAUAUAUUUUGAUCGACCAAAGUAUCAGCUAUCACACCAUGUAAAUGAAUAACUUCCUAAUGACAUUUUUCAUAAAUCAUCAAAUGCAACUAACUGAAUUUCUGUCAACUCCGUCAGACACCAUAAAAGGCAUUUUCAUUUACAAUUAUUAAGUGUUUAAAACGGCCUUGGAUUGUUUCACUCUAACAUUAGACUGUUCAAAUACAAAUCUCCAAACUUCUUUUUGUUUAGUUUUCUGGAUUUAAGACAUAAAGCAACAUUUAUAAAACUAACAUCAGCCCCAGGUUGAACAUAGCAAAUAUUAGAACUGUUUCACCAUCUGUUGCAGAACAAUUCAAAUAUUUUGUCUGAAUAUUGACAACAACAAAAUCUUAAGGGGGUUCGUCCUCAGUGACGGAGUUGACAAGCCACUGAUGUAGUUGGCAACACAUGAUACUGCCUCUAAAAAAUACAAGUUCAAUACAAACAUUUGUAAAAUAUGGAAAAUUAUUCAUUUCAGCACUCUGACGGAGUUGAAGUUAGACAAAAACCUGACAGAGUUGAUGCUUAACAAAAAUGGACGAGGGCAAAAAUGGAUGCUUAACAGAGAGGACAAAAAUGGAUGCCUAACAGAGAGGACAAAAAUGGAUGCCUAACAGAGAGGACAAAAAUGGAUGCCUAACAGAGAGGACAAAAUGGAUGCCUAACAGAGAGGACAAAAUGGAUGCCUAACAGAGAGGACAAAAUGGAUGCCUAACAGAGAGGACAAAAUGGAUGCCUAACAGAGAGGACAAAAUGGAUGCUUAACAGAGAGGACAAAAUGGAUGCUUAACAGAGAGGACAAAAUGGAUGCUUAACAGAGAGGACAAAAUGGAUGCCUAACAGAGAGGACAAAAAUGGAUGCCUAACAGAGAGGACAAAAUGGAUGCUUAACAGAGUGGACAAAAAUGGAUG